UGUAAUUAGUGGAAUAAUUAAAAAUGUCUAUUACCGAUACACAUAUUUUAAAUGUAAUACAAAAUCUAAUAGAAUCGACGUCAGAUAUUAAUGAUAAUGUAAAAAAUGCUGUAAAAUCUUCAUUGUAUAAAUUAUCUGAUAGAUACGCAAAUGAUAUAUUAAAAAUCGCACAUGAAUAUUAUACAACACAAACAAAGCUACACCAAACACAACAGAUAUGUAUUUUAGAAAUUAUAGCACAUAUUGUAUUAGAGCAGACAAAAUGUAUUGAUGGGGAUGUUGUUCUAACGUUAAUUGAAUUCAGUGUGCAUGAAAUGAUUAAACCAAAUACAGUUUUACAUAAUGAAGAAGAAAAAUUUGCAUCAGAUAUAUUGGUUGCUCUUGGAAAACAUCAUUGUAUACAGGUAAUGGAAGGAUUAAUGAAUAAAGUAGUAAUUGGAACUAUACCUCAUUAUAUGAUUGUACAUACCGUUGGAUCAUUGGCGUUAACAAAUUGUUAUGGAACAAUUCCAUAUGUAAAAAGUUUAUUAACAAAAUUAUUACCAAUUGCACCCAUGUUAAAAUUUGAUCAUCAUAAACAAGCUUUUACGUAUGUAAUCGGUAGUAUUAGUACUGGAAUAAUCGAAUACAUUUCAAAUGUUCAAAAAGCACCAGAUCCAACAUUAUCAAAAGAAACAUUCUACAAUGAAUUAUCGAAAUUCUAUGAUAUAAUUGUACAUUCGUGGCUACCCGCAUCGCGAGAAAUAAAAGUUAUCAUAUGUAUAUUAAAUGCAAUAAGCUCACUAAUUUAUGUACUACCAGAUUCAAAAAUUAAUGAACAACUACCAAUAAUUAUACCACAACUAUUAAAUAUUUACAAGAAAUUACAAAAUAAAAUUGAAUCACACUUUUUAACAAAAUGUAUUUAUAGUUUAAUCGUUUGUACACCACCAGAUAAACGGAGCAUUUUAUUGGAACAACGUUUAAAUGAUAUUGUUCAUACUUUAGUCGAUAAUUUAACAGUAAUUGAACCAGAUUAUAAUAAUAUUGAUUUAUUGAAGAAUCAUACGGAAAUCUUACGAUGUAUGGAAACAUUAUUUUCAUAUUUUCCAUAUCAAAUGAUUGAUAUUAUAAAAACUGCCUUAAAUAGCGAUGUUAACAAGUUAAAAGCUUUAAUUAUUAUCUGCCAUAUGAUGAAUACACAAGAUGAAGCUUUAAAAGCUCAAUUAAAAAAAAUUAUGUUAAAAAUUAUUGUAUUAUUAAUUUAUCAUCGAUAUCUUGAGAAUGAGGAUGAUUUACGAUUAUUUAUUGGUUAUAUUAUUAAAUUAACGUGCAUCCAAUCUGAUACAGAUAAAGAAUUUAAAAGUGUUUGUGAUAAUUCUUUAUAUUUGAUUACUUCCACAACGAGUUCUGUUGAAUCUCUCUUAUGGGAAAUGUUAAAUGAUUGUUUAAUUAAUCUCGAAUAUCAAAAUGGCGUUUGUAGUAUUUUACGAUGUUUAGCAUUUUUAUCUGCGAAAUUUAAAAAUGAUAAUGAGGAAAUAAAUUUAUCAAUUGAAAAAUCUUCAAAAAUAUUUAUACGUUGUUUAAGUUUAUUAUCACGCCCUUUGGUUAAUUAUCAAGGAACAUAUAUAUUAAAUUAUUUAAAAAAUUUUGCACCGUUUAUUAGUUCAAAAUUAACUCAAUUAUGGGAUAAACGUUGUAAUGAAAUUUUAAAGUACUUAGAAUACACGUCCGAUAAUUUUAAAAGUGAUGAAUGGUGUACUAUUUUAUUACAAUUUUGUUAUGAUACAACGAUUAUCAUUAUUGAAAAUAUACAACAAAAUGAUGAUGCUUUAAUUGAAGAGACAAUUAUUGAUUAUACAUCAUCGAUAAUUUGUGUGAAUUUAUCACAUUUUCAAUUAAUGAAUUUUAUUGAAAGUUUGUUGAAUGGUUUGUUAGAUAGUAAUUUGAAUUGUGCGCGAGCGUGUACUUAUGUUUUGAAUACAUUUAUACAAUAUAAAGGUUUAGAUAUGUAUCAUUAUGUUGAUGAUAUUGUUGUUAAAAUUAUAACGAUCGUGGAAAAAAUACAAGAUGCAAAUGUGAAAUUGUUAACGUUAAAAUCAAUUGGAAUAUUAGCAUCGUUACAUACAAAAGUUGUUAUUAAUAUAUUGUUAAUACAACCAUUAGGUUAUGACACUUGUAUAUCGGAAUGUUGGAGAAUUUUAACUAAAGAUCCAGUAUUGGCAACAACAAUUUUAUCCCAUUUUAUAAAAUUAAUAUCUGGUACAGGAGUUUAUGAUGAACAAGUCAGCAGAGAUCGCAUGCGUAUUGCAAUACAUCAACCAUUAGCAGCCAUAAGUGCAAUGUCAGAUAUAUUUAGCUGUUCACAUAUGGAGGAAUUAGCAUCAAAAGAAUUUACUGAAAUUUUUUGUACAUUAUAUAUUUCGUUAGCAUCGUAUAUUGAUGUUUCUGCACCGAUUGCAGUACCAACAUCAACAUCAGGAACUCGUGGUGCUACCAACAUAAAUAAUGAAUACAACAAUAGCGCAAGUGAUAAAUUAACGAGUAUAAUUCCAAAUCGUAAUGCAUAUAAAUUAAAUCCGAUAAAAUUAGUUUUAAAUGCAUUUAAAACAUUUUUAAAAUGCUCAAAAAGUGAACAUAUAUUAGAAUGUAUUAAAAAAAUUGAUACAUUAGAAACAGUUCAACAAUUUAUUGAUCUGGUACCAAAAUUAAUGUUUGCAAUAUGUACAACAAUGUAUCAUAUUUUACCAAAAUUGUUAACACAUUUAGCUAAUUAUCGCUCGUCUGUAUAUGAAUUACAACGAAUUGCUGUUUAUACAUUUUAUUGUGAAUAUAUACAUCAACGAUCACAUAUCGAUGUAAUAUUAUUAGAAAGUACAAUAGCAGGUUUAUUGGAAGGACAGAGUGAUGCCAAUGCAAUUGUACGGCAAUUAAGUUUACGUGGCCUUGGUUAUAUUGCAUAUCAUACAGAUACAUUAAUUACGCGCCAUUCUUCGGCUGUUUUAAAUGCAUUUAUGAAUGGUUUAGAUGAACAUAAAAUUGGAGGAUACACAACAAUAAAAGACUCAACAAUGAACAAUGAUACAACAAUAAAUAUUCCCUUAGAAUCAUUAAAAGGUUUAUAUAACAUGUUACCAACAUUAGACGAUGAACAAUUCAAUGGUAUACAAGUGAAUAUGAGUAUACGUAUUAAACCAUUCUUUGAAAGUGAUGAUCCUGAAUUACGAGCACAUGCUAUACAAUUAUUUGGUAAAUUGGUUGCAUACAGUAAAAUUUCAUCAAAAAAUAAACAAGAAAUAUGUCCACUACGUGAACAAGUUAAUCAUAAUUUAAUAUGCUUUUUAUUACAUUUGAGUGAUCCAAAUUUGGAAGUAGUUAAGGCUUGUAAUUCAGCAUUACGUGAUGUAGUUCCAGUACUAAAUACAAAAAAAUUUAAUGCAUUAAUUCAAGAUCAUUUAAUUGAUGAAGCGAAAUUAAACUAUAAUACAUUUAUGCCAGCGUUAAUUAAAAUAAUGGCAACAGAAAUACCAGAAACAUUUUCAUAUUUGUUAAUGAGUUCCUUAACAUAUUUAAAAUCAAAAUGUCCUGUAAUACGUGCAAAUACAGCAUUCGUAAUUGGUUUAUUAUGUAAUAAUUUAAAAUUAAACGAUAAUCAAUUGAAUAACAAUGAAAAAUUAUUGGAAACAAAUAAAAAAUCAUUAGAAACAGUUACAAAUCGUUUGAUAACAUUAUUAAAAGAUAAUGAUUCUAAUGUUCGUACACAAACAGCAUAUGCAUUUAGUUAUUUAUGAAUGUCCUUCUUGCGAUAUGAUGCUGUGUUUAAUGUCGUUAAUGGAUGAUCUACGAGAAAUUCAUUCUUUUUUAUUGAUACACCAUAUGCUGUGACUGGUUUAUAGCCACCAUAA